AUGAGCAGUACUAAUCGUGCUUUUCGAAUGAAAUAGGUUCAAAGUCCAAGGCUGUUUUCCGAUCAACCACUUAAAACAUUACCGGAUGAAAGAACAACUACAGUUUUCAAUCAAUCUCGAAAAAUGGAAUCGCUAUCCGGUUAUGAUAAUGCUCUUGAGAAUAGACUCUAUUACAUCGAGCAGUUAGCAGAAUCAUUGAAGCCCAGCACUUCAAUCGAGUAGACUAGAAUUCUAAAUAGUUUGCAAGAGAUUGCCAAAACACUCAAGAGCAUCUCCAAAACUGAGAUCGAAUUAAAUUAAAAGAACAAACAACUCGGCCAUGUGACCAUGGAGAGUGUGAUGUAGAAAUAGACAAUACAAAAGUUAAAAGACCAAUAAAAUCAUUAUAAAAUGGACAAUGAGGGAUAUCUAAAACAGUUAACUCUCUCUCAGCAGGAUUAACAUAAACUAUGUCGGGAUUUAUUGCAAUAGAAAAAAGUGGUGGAAGAGUAGUAUAAGAAAAUCAAAUUCUUAGAGAAGAGAAUAGAGAUGAUCUUGGAGAAAAAUCUAUAUUCUCAUUCUGAAGAACUCAGGAACACAUUGUCGGAAUUGAUCAGAGACAACGAGUAACUCAAAAGAGAUUUGGUGAAAAAAGAGAAAGAAAAUGAAAGACUCAAAGAUUUAAAUUCAAAACUACUUUAAUAAAAUAAUAGAUUGACCAAAAAAUUAGAUUCCUUGAAAACCAAGAAAGUUGGUGUGAAAGACAUUGUAACAGAAAAUUAGUAAAUAAUAAAUUAUGCCUUCAAUCCAAAUUCAUUACCAAGUAAUCUAGAAUUUCGAUUGAAUGAUCUUGAUAACGAUGAUUGUGAUUUCUUAUUAGAUCUAAUAGAACAUGGACCAGAAGUCUUUACAAAUUAGGUUGUCACACUUGAUUCGAUACAACAAAAAAAGGAUCUCAUUAAUCUGGUUGCAUCUCAAUUUAUAAGUGCAAGAGAUUUCUCCGAAAGAAUUAACUAAAUUAUGAAUGAAUUUAUAACUAUGAUCAGUUACAAGAAUAUUCAAGAUUUUUAAAUUCAUGUAAGCAAAGCAUUUCGACCUAUCUUUGGAACUGAGAUUGUUCAUUUAUGGAUUAUAGAUGGAAUGACCUGCAGAGCUCAAACUUAUGAUUGUAAUGGAGUUUAACAUGUUGCUUUACUAACAGAUGGAAUUUUUAGCUAAUUGGUGUUUGAAGAUUAUGGUAUACGAAGCCCAUCAAAAAAGUAGGAAUUGCUCUACAUAACAGAAAACAAUGAGGUUUUUGGAAAGAACUUUCUCUUGCUUCCAAUUAUGGGAAAUAGCUCAAAACCAUGUGGAAUAUUAGAAAUACAAAAUAUUUAAGAGAAUUUAUUUUUAGAUUCUCAAUAUUAUGGGUUAUUGAUAAAUAUGUUAAGUAAGUCAGUGGUUUAAAGUAUCUUGGAUUUUGAGGCUUUGGUAAAGGAAUUGAAUUACAGAGAUCUGUUUUAUAGAUGUUUUAAUCGAUUGAUUUAAUGUAAAGAUAGGGAACAUUUUUGUUCAGCGUUAUAAGAAUCUGCUAUGCAAAUAUUCUAGAUUGCAUAAACUAAACUCUUAUUUAUAGAGAAUAAUCAAUUUUGGAUUUCAGGUAGAACUUAUCAAUUAUAGGCUGGUUGUGCUUAUCAAAUCUAUUUAAAAGGUAAGUCCCAAAUCUUUACUCAAAUUACAAGACAAGAUCACUUUGAUGAAAACACAGACAUAUCCUCGAUAUUACCUGUGUUUAUUGCACCUAUUUACUUGAAUGACAAAGUUGCAGCCAUCCUACAAUUUAUUCUAAAGAGGAAGCAAAUGAUUGACAAACAUCCUUUUGGAAAUUAAGCUAAUAUUGGAUUUAGAUUAGACACAAUUGAUUAAGAUGCUCAAAAGUUUUAUGAAAUAGUAUAGAAUGCCUUUUAGAUUGUAUUUAAAUGA